AGCAGGACGGGGACGUAAUUAAUACAGUGAUACAAGCCCACAAGGACAUUGUCAGCUAAACUGUUGCCAAGAAAAGGAUAGGCAUACGAAGUCGCCAGAAGCUAAGCUCUAAUUUUCGACCUCCUCCUAGCGCCACCCUAUAUGCCUUCAGCCCUUUCCGCUACGCCCAGGGGUUCGCUCUCAAACGCCAGCAUUGGAUGGGCGUCUUUAUGCGGACCCUUGCCUAGUCGUGCUCGGAAUGAGAAACUCCCAGGGAUACGGCCCGGCCAACUUUCCAACGAAAGUUGAGUUUUACUUCGAUCUGGAGUAUUUAGGUUUACUCCUAAAUACGUAUGAAACUCUUAUUUCAAAACAUUGCGGGUCCCCAACUUCCUCCCGCCGGAUCGGGCGGCCCUUUGAGACCCGCCAGCCGUGCAGCAAAGCGACUACCCGAGUAUCAGCGAUGCUUCCCGUAGUAUCCGUCAUCGAGAGAUCGGCCACCUUAAAGCAGAGGCGGCGGCCGCGGGAACUUCAGGGAAGCUCCGCCUACUGAAUCUUUCAGAGGGCUCCCGCACCAAACACGGAACUACAGCAUGUGGGAACGAGACUUACUCUAUGUCGUUGAGAGGGGACCUUUCCCCUUGUCCCUAUACGUAACUUCCGGCUUCCUGUUCCGCAAAACUUAACUCUGCCGGUCUUUGCUUUUAUUGACUUGAUUUAUUGAUUUUGAUUUGAUUUAUUGACUUGAUUUUGUCUUCUCCCCCCCCCUCCCAUUUCCCAGGGUUUGUUGGAGAAUUCAGGUAAUCCAUCGGGUGAGGGAAGCGGUGACUCCGUCGCCCUUUUAGGGAGUUUUUCGGGGCGUCAUUUGGAGGAAGACCCUGUAUCUAUGUCCCAAAAUCAGAAGGAGUUGGUAGGCCUGGGUCGGCUUGAAUACUUGCAAGCCUUAGUUACUGAAUUCCAAGUGACAGAUAACUCAGAUGCCAAAGAGCAAGUGUUGGCUAAUCUGGCCAAUUUUGCUUAUGACCCUCAAAAUUAUGAAUAUCUGCGGCAGCUCAGGGUCUUGGAUCUGUUUCUGGACAUGCUGACUGAGGACAAUGACAAUCUUGUGGAAUUUGCACUUGGAGGACUGUGUAAUCUCUGCCUGGACAAAAUCAACAAAGACUAUAUACUAGAGGCGGGUGGGGUGUCAGCUGUUGUCAACUGUCUGGCCAGUGCCAACGAAGAGACUGUCCUGUCUGCAGUUACAACUCUGAUGUACUUGUCCACACCUCAGUCUCGCCAAGAGAUCACCGUCCUCCCUGUGAUUGAGUGCAUGCUGCGCUUCUCCCUCUCAACCAACAGAAGGCUGAAAAACCUGGCCACUAUUUUCCUUGAGGACUAUUGCAGUCCCCUUCAGGUGGAGGAGGCCAGGAGCCUCACCAGGCACACAGCCAUCGGAAUUCCACUGCCCAAGAUGGAGGCAGCCCAGGAGGCAGCCAACGAGAUCCUCCCUGAAUGAGGAGCAGAAUUCUUUCCUGUCACACAUCCCAGAGGAAAAGAGAAAGAACUCGCUACAGGUAUUCUGCUUUAAAAAUGACUGUAAAUAGUCCUGAGAGUUUCCUUGGGAGGCAUACAGUGGAUUUUCAGAUGGGUUCCUUUCAUGUUCUGAUGUGCUUUUCAAUUCAUUUUCAGGUUAUUUAGAAAUACGAACCAGUUGCUAUGAACCAGUUGCUAAAGGGCCUUGAUAACUAUUCUAGACUGUUUGUAAAAGACAGCUGGGAGAAUAUAUAUAUAUGAACAAAAGAGCUCUGAAAAUGUAAGACAGCU